UGUUAAGUUCUACCACCUACAGAGCGAAUCAUGACUUCCCAAAGGACUUUCAUCUUUCCCAAUGCAGUAAAUCCCUACUGUUGCUAAGCAACCAUUUGCAUCUUCCGUAUCUUCUUCUGAAAGUUCCGUGGCUUCAACUGCAUUGAACUGGCAGCUUUUCUAAUCAGUUUGCUUGACUCCCAAGCUCAGAUAAAGAGUUGAAAGGGGUCAGGACGUGCCUGGCAAGUGGACGGCCAUCAUGACCACCAUGGAUGAAGAGGAUCUAAGCGAGUAUUUCCGCAUGCAAUAUGGACAGAAAUUGUUGAAACUGUUGAUGAAAUUCCCAGUAACAGAGGAGCAGUCUCCGUCUCCUUCCAUUCGACUCCUGGAGAAGAAGAAAGAGGCCAAAUUGGUGCAUCAGGCUAUGGAAGCUCAAAAGGAGGCAUUUAAAACAAGAAUGGAAUCCCUAAACAACAGGUGGGAAGAGCUUGGUACAAAAGAAGUCCAGCUGAAAGCUUACAUUAAGAAAUUUGAGCAAUUCAUACAGGAGAAUGACCAGAAACGGAUCAGAGCUCUGAAGAAAGCCAACAAGGAACGAGAACUGAAGAAACAGCGGGUGAAGGAGCUUGCCAAGGUCAAGUUAGAGAUCGCAGCUCUCAAACAGCAGCACCAAAAGCUCUACAACAAGCUACAGCAAUACUCAAUCUUCAACAAGUAUUUGGAGAAGGUGGUGCAAGUCUCUGAGAUCCAGCAGUUUAUCCAAGAUCUGUCAGACAUCUGGGGAGAAGUGAAGAAGAAAGAUCAAAAUCGAUCACAAAUAGGGUUUCCCAAGGACAUGUAG